AUGUACGUGGUGCCUCCGCCGCAGCGCUCCGAUCCGGGGUCAGGAUCCGGUGAUUUGCGGGUAUACCAAGCUUGGAAGGGUAGCAAUAAAUUUUUUCUUCAGGGAAGGUUCAUAUUUGGACCAGAUGUGAGAUCACUGGUGCUGACAAUUUUUCUUAUUGUUGCUCCUGUCGCAGUUUUCUGUGUCUUUGUUGCCAGAAAACUGAUAGAUGAUUUUUCUGACCACUGGGGGAUAUCCAUAAUGGCUGUUGCUGUUGUGUUCACAGUUUAUGUCUUAGUUCUUCUUUUGUUAACAUCUGGCCGAGAUCCAGGCAUAAUUCCACGCAAUGCACAUCCUCCGGAGCCAGAAGGUUUGGACAGUAAUAUGGAUGUUGGUGUUGGUCAGACUCCUCAGUUGCGGUUGCCUCGCUUUAAGGAGGUUGAGGUCAAUGGCAUCCCUAUUAAGGUCAAGUAUUGUGAUACUUGCAUGCUCUACAGGCCUCCUCGAUGCUCACACUGCUCGAUCUGUAAUAACUGUGUGGAACGGUUUGAUCAUCACUGUCCUUGGGUUGGGCAGUGUAUUGGACUGCGCAACUACCGGUUCUUCUUCAUGUUUGUCUUCUCAACUACGCUACUUUGUAUAUAUGUUUUUGCGUUUUGCUGGGUCUAUAUUAGAAGAAUUAUGGAAUCAGAGGAGACAACAAUUUGGAAGGCAAUGAUAAAAACUCCAGCCUCCAUAGUGUUAAUAAUUUACACCUUUAUAUCAAUGUGGUUUGUAGGCGGCCUAACAGCCUUCCAUUUAUAUUUGAUAAGUACCAAUCAGACUACUUAUGAAAACUUCAGAUACCGAUAUGAUAGGCGAGCCAACCCAUAUAAUAAAGGAGUGUUGAAUAAUUUCAGAGAGAUAUUCUGCAUCAGCAUUCCCCCAUCAAAGAACAAUUUCAGGGCAAUGGUGCCAAAAGAACCAGUAUUACCCGCCAGAUCGGUGGGAGGAGGCUUUAUGAACCAAACUAUGGGAAAAGCUGGGGAGGACAUAGAGAUGGGUAGGAAGACAGUGUGGGACAUGGGUGCAGGAAUUGAUGAUUCUGAAGCUCAAUUAAACAAUGAUCGUGUGACUGUAAAGGAUGGUGAGUUGUCUCCUGAAGUUAGGACAACUGUAGACGACACGGACCGUGCCGGAAUACAUCCUAGGCGAUCUAGCUGGGGAAGAAAAAGUGGGAGCUGGGAAAUGUCCCCUGAAGUUCUGGCUUUGGCAGCUAGGGUGGGGGAACCAAACCGCGUCGGUGGAGGUAGCAGUAGUAGUUUGACACAUGAGAACCGUCAUGUGUAGCAGUUAUGCUACAAAUAGCAUUGCCAAAGGAGCUUGGAAGAAUUGAUUUUACGGUUAUGAUACGAAAAUUACAUUGUUCAUGUGGUAACUCUACAGCAAAAUUAUGUGCUAUAUGGGGGAUUGUAGCAUUUGCAAGGUGUUUGUAAGUGUUUUUAAGCCGUUCUGCUUCCAAGAAGAAAUUGUUUGGUGGUCUGAGAGUGAGCUUUGCUUGUAAGUGUUGUAUUAUGCAAUUAAUUAGCCUUUGCACCUGUGGAAGUUGCUACAGCUCUCUCUCUAUGGCUGAAUGCCAGUUGCUGCACCUUGGGGAAAUCAAUGAUGGAUCAAGCGGAAUUUGUUUCACUAACUUACCUUUGCUUGAAUUAAAUGUAGUUCGUGUGUUCGGAUGAGAAACUUAUUGAGACAGAUUUGCCAUGACAUAAAUCUUUACUCUCUUACCACUGUAGUGUUGUGUGCAUUCUACUUUUGAGUAGUAACAUUGUGUACCAUGUAUAAUCAAUCCCAUAAUGUUUGUGUUACAUAUUCAA